AUGGCGGAACCUCGAUCUCGCCCUUCUAGUGUUUUGCUGGAGCCACCGCCAAAGGGAGUUGAGCUUGAAGAUCCUGGGGCAUCGGACCAUAACCCAGAGAGUGACGAUGAGCACUUUUCCGAUGCCACAGAAGGCCAGACGUCCAGGUCGAGGCAGCCAUCUCGCUCUCAAUCGCCGGUCCCCAGAACUAGGGUAGAGAAGGUUGAUGCCUCGCCGAGGCAUGGGGAGGUACCUGGGUCACCUGCAUACCAGCAGCGACUAGCAGAUGCUGUUCCGGAUGAGAUUGACAUAGUUGGGGAGGCAAAGGCUGAUACACCGCAUAACCCAGCGCACCCAGAACGACCACUAACGCCCGGGGGGACUCCGAUACCGUUGACCGUCGUGGAAAAGGUAGAUCUAGACUCGCCAGCAUACGGAGAAGAGCCAGGAACACAGGCGUACGAAGCUCGAAAAGCAGACUUCCCACCUGACCGAAUUUUUAGGCUCGGGGAUCCAAGGGCAAGCCCCCAGCUUGUCGUGCCUGAAAGCGAUCAGGAAGAUGCUAUGAGUGACAGUGACCUCCCAGAAACACUGCUCUCUCGAGUAGAAUCUCUACCCAAGAAAGGAGAGGAACGGAAGUUUACUGCCCACCGUAGGAAACCGAGUGAUGCCGCUCCCGAUGCUGAAGAGAUAGUUCUGGAUGUUCCAGGACAACAAAUUCCUGAUACAAAUAGCCCUGGAACCAAAGUCAACCCUGCCGACGACUCGGCUCAAUUAAUCGAUACUAGCGAUGACUUGGAUGAUUUUACUGAAGGCGGGGUAGAUUUUGACAAUAAUGAUAACGGGUUUGGUGACGACUUCGAUGACUUCAAGGGAGGGGACGGAGAUGAUGAUCAUGAUGACUUUGGUGAUUUUGAUGAUGGCUUUCAACAACCAGAAGAAACAUCUGAUGUUGCUAUGCCAAAGUCGAAUGCUGGUUCCAUCGAGCCCCCUAACCUUCCCGUCCUACCGCCUCUCCUAGAUUUUAGUCCCCUUCAGUCCCUCCCUGACCUUCUAUCUGCUACCUCUGACCAUCUUGAUACCCUGUUCCCUAGCUCUGCAAAUCUAUCUUCGUUACCUCCUAUUGAUCCAUUUCCUGACUCCUCCGCAAUAUUCACCACCGAACGCUCCAUGUCCCUUUGGUCUCAACUAGUUGCACCCCCUCCACUCCAACCUCCAAACUGGACGAAGUCACGUAUCCGCCGCCUAUUUCUUGUCUCCCUUGGCGUCCCUGUUGAUCUAGAUGAAAUCCUUCCUGCGUCAAAACAGAAGAAACUCGUUCUUCCUUCUAUGAACCGCGACGCUGCGCGGGUUUCAAGUGAAGAGCCGUCAGGAGCAGGUGGAACGUUGCUUCGCUCUCGAAGCAAACGGAAGAAUCGAGAAGGGCAAUGUCGAUCAUCUACAUCUUUCGACUCUAACCGCUCAUCAUCUAGACCUGUUCCGUCAACGCCUCGACGUAAGGGUAAUACCCCUCCUCCAGACCUGGACCUUCUAGCCACACGCCGUCUCUGUGAAACGACAGAUGCGGCGCUUGAUGGCUAUACAGAUGAAGAAAUAACAGAACAUGUACAAAUGUUGGAAAAACUUACUAUUCGCGCCAGCGAAGUUUUGGAAUACUGGCUGAAGAAACGAGAUGGGCAGCUUGGAGAAAAAGAAGCCUUUGAAGGUGUGAUAGAGAACCUAGUUAAACAUGCAAGACAAGUGAGGAAGUGA